AUGGCGAAGAGAGACAUGUCAGGUAUAAUAUUUGAUACCUCAUACGCCAGAAAAUUACUGGCGAAUCAGCCAUCGUCGGAAUCGGAGAGCAUCCAAUCGACAAUCGACAUUUUGAAGAUGCAACCGCACAUUGAGGGCGGGUACUUUGUCGAAACUGACCGCGAACAACGAAUGGUACCCAACCCAUUCAAGGACCUGCCACCUCUCAGCAACGCCACUGAUAAGGUCGACACGUCGGAGACGAGGCACGCGAGCACCAGCAUCAACUACCUCUUGACGCCCAAGAGCCCUGUGGGUUACUUCCAUCGCAAUCGAGGCCACACAGUGCAUACCUUGCACAAGGGCCGCGCGAUUUAUGUUAUUAUGUACGUUGAUCAGCCGCGCGAUGAGAAUGGUAGAGUGCGGGUCAACUCGUUCCUCGUAGGCCAGGACCUCGUCAACGGCGAGGACUUGCAGUGGGCUGUCCCUGGGGGGAAGUUCAAGGCGACUUUCUUGUACCCUGAUGAGGAUGAGGGACAGGAGUCUAAGAACGGCAUGUUGAUUAGUGAGACUGUCAUCCCGGGCUUUGAAUACGCAGACCAUGAUUUUCUCACCGCCGAGGACUUUGUCCAGUACCUUGAUCAAGAGCAGCAGGAGCAGUUACAGUGGCUGCUUCGGCCGGACCAGCAGGCUAGGUUGGAGGAGGUGAGGAAGGGGAAAUGA